GAAGUUAGCGAGCUUACUGGACCAGUUUGUCAGUUGACUCACCCUAAGACAUAUCAUAGAUAUACCACACUGUUGAAUACCCACCCAGAGCAGCUGAAAAGCGAAAAACUCUGCGACAGCUGUUCCAAAACAGAAGAGAAAAAAUAUUAUACUGUCAUGAGUGACUUGGACACCAGUCGCUCCCCAGAUCUCCGCUCCCCCUCCCCUCAACCGUUCGAGGGGGACAAGGUACAGGAUGCGAUAGACGAAAGUCUGAGAGAGAGGAUGAAAGGUCUUGGAGCCGAUGACCCCAAAUUUUCGGCACAAAUUCAAGAAGCGGUUUCGCACGUUUUAAAGGGGUACGAUUGGAGUCUGGUGUCAACCCCAUCCCGAAACGCCGGGGCUGAGAAGAGGAAGCCCCACAUCAAGCGACCCAUGAACGCCUUCAUGGUGUGGGCCCAGGCCGCACGGAGAAAAUUAGCUGACCAGUACCCACACCUUCACAACGCAGAACUCAGCAAGACGUUAGGAAAACUAUGGAGACUGUUGAGUGAGGAAGAGAAGCGACCAUUCGUGGACGAGGCGGAGAGACUUCGAGUCCAGCACAAGAAAGACUACCCGGACUACAAGUAUCAGCCGAGACGCCGCAAACCCCUGAAAGGAGCAAACCAAGGAAACGACAACUCGAGUCCUCUUCCGUCGGGAGUACUCCUGAAGCCACUAGGAGACAGUUCCUCCCCGAGCGACGACUGUUCCAGUGAGUGUUCCAGUCAGCCAGGAGGUUCCAAUGGUCCGCCCACCCCACCCACGACUCCCAACCAGCACGAAGCCCUCAAUCUGAAGUGUAUCUAUGACAGAAAGACAGGGAGACCCAUGCUGCCCGGUGCAUACAGAAGACAAGGCAACUCCACGAAUCCCAUUGACUUCAGCCACGUGGAUCUGAGUCCUGAAAUCAUCGACCCAUUUGACGACCACGAUCUUGAUCAGUAUCUGCCUCCUUCGGGUGUCCACCUUCCACCACAAGUACAAGCACCAGGUCCUCCAGGAGCUAACGAGUCCUACCCGUGCUACCCCGGCCAACCCGUCCCCACGGCCACCUCAACGAGCUGGGCCACGUCCUACAGAGUGUCCUCCGGAAGCGCCUGCGUCCAGUCCUACUUACCUCCCAACAACAACACCAACAACAACACCAACUCGCCGUCCAGCCCGCCGUACGACAUCUCCGAGGCCGCUGGACAUCAUAGGAGCGCGCUACACCCUGGAUCGCCGCCCAUGGCGAGGGCUGGUUACCACACGAGUCCGUCAGAGUGUAAAUACCAGGACGACGACAACUCCCAGGUGAAGAUGGAGCAGAUGCCGAGUCACCAGUCGCAGCACUACAGAGUGGAGCAAAAGUACGAUUCUUUUGAUGGAUCCGCCUCCGCGGCAGCAGCAGCAGCCCGCUACAAUAUGGACAAUGUUCUAGGAUACAACGGGACAUCACAGAACUCGUUUCUCGCCCAGAGCGGGCCGCCGAUGCCGCCAGGGUACCAGUACACCAUGGGACUGCACCGCCAGAUGUUUAACCCCAUCCCCGCCGCGGUUCCAGGCGAGCCGUCGUGGGAGAGGUUUACGUGAGACUUCAGUAUAUUUAUUCGUUAAAAUCGCAAACGUAUACAUACGCAAGAACAUGUUUGAUCUCAUUCUACGGCUCUGGUGCAUAAUACCGGUGCGGAAAAGGUGACUCUUACGGAAACCUUGUGAGACACUGGCUGCAGAAGAUGCUAAAAAAAAAAAGUGCUCAAGACUUCAUAUACUCGAAACUGUAAAGGUAGUCUUAUGGGCUGAGACAGAGAAAAACGUCCUGAGACGGGUCUCUGUUUGUGACUUUGUUGUUGGCGCUUGCCCUACAAUUUGUAUAUUUAUAAACAUUGUGCCUUGACAGUUAUUGACGAUUUUGUUCACACAGUAUUUAAGACUUUAUUUUGGACUGAUGCAACGUGUGAAAUUUUUUUAUGACAUUGAUGACGAGAUACCCUUGCGUCAACCUUCCACACGAACAAGUGGAAAGUGAUAUCUAUGGACUAGACUGUAACGUGCUUGUAUCCACUGAAUAGGGUUUAAGCACGCACGGUCAACUUGGCUUUAAGCUCUAAUCUCGCCACAGACUUGUGUCCAGAAGAACCUUGGGACUUGAUCUGGAGUGUUUACUAACACGCGUUAAACGUCAGUGGAUGUUGAUGUGACAUUGAUGGAUGUUCUUAACACCAAGGACGGAAAACAUGCGAUGACAUCAGAACUUGAACAUUAAGGUGCUUCCAUUACACACGUUUUUCACCUUGUGGUUUUAUUUUUCCUUUAUAUAUCGUACCUGUGAAAUAGAUAGAUACUUCAGUUUAAUCUGUCAGCCAUAGAUUCGCGUGUAUUCAUUAAUAGUUCACAACUGAUUGAUUCUGUGUUGGAAAGGACUUCCAUUUACGGCAUCUGUAAAUGAUGUCUGUUACAACUAUGUGCCUAAAUCUAGAUUAUUUUAGUUAUGUUGUUUUAAUGUGCAUGUUGUUGUUAGAAAUUGUUACGAAACCAUGACAGUAUAAAAAUCACAAAGUCCAAUCAUAAGUUGCAAAUUCGCACUAACCGUAGUGCGCAUGUUUAGUCGGUAAUAUUUUCAGGUAAAAAUAAAGCGGAUGAAUAUACGUUAAAGUGAUGCGCUUUGGUCGCGAAGAAACAGUUGUUUUACAUUGUUCUCAUAUUGGUAUUAUACUAAGAGUUGUACAUUAGGAUGGUUUUAGUUAACGUGAAGUCGAUAUUUUAUGCGCUAACUUUGAAUAAAAUGCAUACUUAAUUAAAAUUACAAAACACUUAUUGUAUCUAAAAUCAUAUCGUUGUACACAAACAAUCCAAUUAAUAUUUAUUUGUUUAAAAGCCACAACAUGACCACACUAGCUAUAUAUAAUCGGUCCACAGGUUAGUGCAUAUAUGCCCUUCAAGUAUAAGAAUAUACUCAUAAAUUAGUAAAUACACGUCCAUGAAUCAGUAGAUUACGUGUCCAUAAAUUAGUAGAUGCCCAAAAAAUUAACAAGACGAAAUAAUUUUGUAUCUGUUCGAGUGUUUUGGGUUUUUUGUUUUGAACCUGUUACCUGUAUUUAUGAGAGUUUAGUGUGAUCUCAAAUAUACUGACAUUCGAAAGAAACGCAAGACCAUUUUAAGCUAAUUAAAAAAAAAAAAACUAAAUAUAUUCAUUUGAAGCCAAUCAUAUUUCAACCAAAUAAUUUUUUAUUUCAUUUCCAAGUGUGAAAUGCAAAAGAAGUCAUUUAAGUAGAUAUUUUUAUAUAUUCUUAAAAUGCAGAGAAUGUUCUUGUGUUUCUUUUGUCUGUUAGUAUAUAAUUGUUUGAAGAUACAUUUUAAAAAUUGUUGUUAUGCAGUUAGCCUAGUGUAUGUAGAAACAAACCUAUGCAAGCCUGUUAUUGUUAUCAUAUCUGUUUUAUGCAUGUACUUUACCGUUAAACACACAAGAGGGUUCACAGCUAUCGUUACCGAGGUCAGAUAUAGGCACGUUAACACGAAGCGAGUUAUAAUAAUGAUUUAUAAAUUACAUUCAAAUUGAAUUGUGAGAGCGCUUAAUCGUGACGACUGUAUUUUAUUUUAUUUUAUUUAUUAAUUCAUUUUAUUUAUUGAUUUAUUUUAUUUGAAUUAGACUUUACUCCAUGAAAUGAAAGUCAUAUCGACCAAUUUAAACAAUUUAAAUAGCGUUAUCUCAAUUUAUAAUAGCAAAAUGUACAGUUUUAAUUAAUAUGAUGUAAGUUUUUUUAUAUAAAAAUAAUGUUACUGUUAUCGUUCUUUAAUAUUCUAAACAUUUAAUGGUACAUCUGAUAAUUUAAAUAAAAAUAGAUAUUUUAUCUUUUUCCAUUCCAAAUUAAAAGCUAUAUAAUACACAAACAAUUCACAAAUGACCUGGUUUAUGCAUAUCCAAAAACCUAUGCAAGCUAGUUAUCACCAGCCAAGCUAAUAAUGUGCCUUACAACGAAGCUGCCGUUAAUAUUUUAAAUCGUUUUUGCUUUGUUUUCUUUCAAAUUGUAAAAUCGUAGUGAAUAACAUAUUUGGUUGCCAUAUGAAAUGAAAAAUAAAAUAACACCCGGUUACCAUGAUAAGGCCCUAAUUUGUUUUAAGGUGUCAAGUUUGGGAUGUGUGUGUGCGUUCCACAAUACUGCUCUUCGUUUGCGAAACACAGUAUAUUUUAACGUACGAGGUUUGGUGUUAGACCAACAACAAUAAAACAGAAUACGUUAUGAACCCACAGCAUUACAAAAAGAAUCCUCGGAAGAAAGCAAAGCCUGAUGAUAAGAUCUCCAUUUGUAAAGGAAUUACUGUUGAGAAAUGUUUUGUUACAGUCGUAUGAACAAUUGUGUACAUAUUUUGUAGAUUGUUACUAUUCAAGUUUUGAAUAAACAUUUAUACAUUUGGA